GAGUCGCCGUGUGUUAGCUCCCCCAAGUGGUGCUGAAAAGAAACGUGGUGACGUCAGUGAACUCUCCUGAGCGUCGACAUGUAGUUCCAAACUUGCCAUAUGUGUUAUAAUAGACCAAAGCAAUGUUGACCAUCGGUUAAGCACGGUGAAGCAAAGGGAGGACAUUUCUAUUUACAUACCCGAUAAAGCGAUUGGGGAAUACUACAGGAGAGGAAGUGAUCCGACUCUCUGCCUGCUUCUUCCAACUUCCUGCUCAAAAAGAAAGAAAAAAAAACAGGAUCUCAUUACAGUUCAAGAAAGUGUCCUGCGACAGACAGUAUGGAAAAAGAAAUCCUCGUUCAGAAUUUUGUUUAGAAACCAUCAGGAAUAAAACAACAGAUUUCAUCGAGGGGGUAUGGAGAGCGCCAUCACAUUAUGGCAGUUUUUACUGCAGCUGCUCCUGGACCAGAGUCACAAGCACCUGAUCUGCUGGACGUCCAACGACGGCGAGUUCAAACUGCUCAAAUCAGAGGAGGUGGCCAGGUUAUGGGGCCUUCGAAAGAACAAGACCAACAUGAACUAUGACAAGCUGAGCAGAGCACUCCGCUACUAUUAUGAUAAGAAUAUCAUCAGAAAGGUGAUCGGACAGAAAUUUGUUUACAAGUUUGUGUCAUUUCCGGAGAUUCUCAAGUUGGAUCCUCAAGCCGUGGAAAUGGGUCAAGAUUUCAACAGGACAGUGGUAAUCAAAGAUGAGGCACAGGAGGUGGAGGCACGGGUGAAGGAGGAGGUGGAGGAUGAUGUGGAGGAUGAGGAGUCCCCAGACCCUGCCAUAUCGGCAGCCCUUCAAGUCCAGGCAUGCUACCAUGAGUACUUCCGUUCAGGCCUGUACCCAGGUUUGCCAUUCAGCUCCUUGCAGAGCCAGUCCCAUCUCCUGCAGGCCAUCCGACAGAGGCACGGAGAGCCCCGCGAAGAGGCCCAGAGCGUCAUUCAGUUUGUCUCCCAGGCUGCCGAGAAGAGCGAUGUCCUCCUCUCCUCGCGCCGUUCGUCCUCUUCCGAGUCUGCUUUCUCAUCCAGGCCCACAAGGCAGUCGCCCCGGUCCUCCUCGCCCUUCUCCGUUGCCUCUUCCCACUCUACUCAAGCCUGGAGGAGCCCCAAGCGUGAGGCUGAGGACUCUGAGCAGGACACGCAGCCGCUGAACUUAUCCUCAGGGAGCAGGGAGAGCUCCCUAACCUCAGACAAGAGAAGCCAUCAGGCAUCCGGCUCCACAUCCAGGAGCAAAAAGCCCAAAGGCCUGGAGAUCUCCAGCCCUUCUGUGGUGCUGACAGGAAGUGACCUCGGUUCUAUCGCCCUGAACAGCCCUGCGCUGCCGUGUGGCUCUCUCACACCAGCACUCUUCACAGCACAGACGGCGUCUGGGCUCCUGCUGAGUCCCAGCCCCCUGCUGUCAGGCCUCCACCUCUGGAACAGCCUGAGUCCUGUGGGGCCCCUGAGCCCUGGCCACUUGCAGGGCCACGCUCCCCUCUUUCAGUUCCCCACCUUACUGAAUGGAUAUGUCACAGUCCCCAUGUCCAGUCUGGAUGGCUCUUCCUCCCCCUUGCUGCUCUCAUCGACCAAUUACAAGUCUUGAUUUUCAGACAUGUUACACACCUAAACAAUUGUUACAUCACAAAGCAUCUUAUGCUUUAGUAUGAAGUCUACAAUUUCUCAGAAAACCUGCCCACGAGACAGAACGCGUGUACCCAGCCCUCCGAAUUCCAACCCGCUGACUUAAGACUUGCCGCGUGGAGCAGAAAAGUCUGAAAUCAAUAUGGAGAUUUGUUUAUAGCUGUUCUCUUAUUUGGCCAUCAUAACAGGAAAACCCAGUCAAGGGAAAGAACUGUUUUAUUUUACUUUCCUUGUAUAUAUUUCAUGUUGUUUUGUUAUUAUGUCAUGUCUCAUGUAAUGUGUUCUGUCUUACAAUUAGCACACGCUGUGCCUUCUGAAGUGAAAAUGACUGUGCCUUAUGUUUACCAACCUAAAUACUUAAAGACGAAAUUCCAAUUCAAUGGAAUUGCUUUCAUUUUUCCAACAAAAAGAAUAAGUUAGUUUUUUUUUACAAUUUGUUAAUUAAAGUAUAUUA